AUGAAAUUGAAGGAUCCUGGUCCAACUAUUGCAGAAGCAAAAGCCCGUGGCAUUGAGAGGAUAUCCGUUAGGGGAUUUGAACGUCGUGAUCAUGAGGAUGUGAAGAGUGCGUUGAGAGAACAUUUCGCUUCAUGUGGAAGGAUCACUGAUAUUACCAUAUGGUUUCGUCAAACUGUUGCUAAUAUUUAUUUUGUGGGAGAGGGCGCAGCAGACAAGGCCUUGAAACUUGAUGGAAGUGUGGUUGCUGCCGGAGGAUGGAAAGUCUCUGCUGAGCCUUAUCCGUUUAGUGAGGAAAGGUGGAUUGAUGUAGUAGUUAUUCGAGGAUAUGACUACACUUCACUUAGUGAUAGUGAGGUCGAUGUCGCUGUGAGGGAUUUUUUGUCUUCAUGUGGACAGGUCAUCCAAGUUAUGGCUAUUAAGCGCAAAGGAAGCAUCGUGGCUUAUAUCAAGGGAUUUUUUGCAGGAGAGAAGGUGGUGGAACUUAAUGGGAGCUACCUUAAAGGACACAAAGUAGCUGUUACUGUUCUUACUACACCCUUCCGCAAUCGUCGUCGUAUUACAGGUAGAAAUGCACUCCGCAUUCCUCACCCAGGCUGCGAAUAA